AAAAACUCGAAUCGUCAAAAUUAAACUAUUCUUCUUCUCUCUUUUGACAACAACUUCAAUUUUAGUCUUCUCUCACUUUCUCUUGACAUCGUUUCUCCUUCGAUUGGCAGUUUCCGUACUGUGGGUUUCUCCAUGGCCGCUUCUAACCGAAGCACCAACUCUUCUCCUUCCACUGGUUCAGUUAAGACAUUUAAUAUGGUGGAUAGGUUAUCAACUGACAAGAGUGUUCUCCAACAUCAGAUUAUGCAGGAUAAAAAUAGCAGCUUUCUUCGCCCUUUGUGUGGUGGUAGCACUGGUAAUGCUGCUUUUUCUGCAAGUUCUAACACAGACUCGUUUCACAUUGGAGGCUAUGAAAAUGCAGCUGAUACUCCAAGGUCGUACCAUCCACAUACAGAUUUUCUAAGCUUUGAAGAAGUCUAUCCUGGCAUGAGAUGUGAUGACAUGUUAUACCAUGGUAACGGUAUACCAUCAGAUACUCAGAGGCCAUCGAAUUCUACCAGCAAUCUGUCUUUGCCACAGUAUUAUGGUGACCUCUAUGCUGAUGAUGCAAGCUAUUUCGCUCCUUUUCACUCAUCAAAUCAACAGUAUCCAGUCCCAGAGCCUAUUCAUCUUUCUCCAGAGUUUCACAUGUUUCAGACGAACUCUUCACAUCUUGAUAGGCUUGCGAAUAAAAGAAACAGUAUUGAGACUGAUUAUAUGAUGCACUCUACCGGAAAUUUUAGCUUAAGUAAUAAUAUAUUUGGCGAACCUAGGGGUCAUAAACUCAACCCCUUCACUGGAAGAAAAACGCUUCUUCCAAUGCCAUCUACCAUAAGAAGUAUGAAGCAUCCUGGCUCCGCGGACCUAUCUGCAAAUGAUUUUGAUAUGGGUCGACCACAUCGAGCUUUGCAUGAUGAUUUUGAAUCUGCUGCAAGCUUAAGUUACAGAGAGCAAGCUUACAACCAAAGCAAAAGAGGCUCUUUCUCUGCUGCUUCUUAUUCUCCUAGACCAACUUGGGAACUUGAUUAUAACAUUCCACCACUUGAUGAAGCAAGAAAUGCAAGCUGCAGCGACUUCUACCAUCGCCCUGCCUUGUCUGAUUUGCUUAACGAGAGAAACAGAGGGCCUAGGGCGUUAAGGCCAAACGGUAAAAGUAAAAUGACCAGUUAUGAUCACUCUGAUCAACAAGCUCUGCUCUCCCAGUUCAGGGACGCAAAGUUCUUCGUUAUUAAGUCGUAUAGCGAGGAUAAUGUCUAUAAGAGCAUCAAGUAUUGUGUUUGGGCUAGCACUAAAAACGGAAACAAAAAGUUGGAUGCUGCCUAUCGUGAAGCAAAAACUAAAGAAGUGGCAUGCUCAGUCUUUCUUUUGUUCUCGGUGAAUGCUAGUGCACAGUUUUGUGGAGUGGCUGAGAUGGUUGGUCCGGUUGAUUUCGACACAAGUGUGGAGUACUGGCAACAAGAUAGAUGGUCAGGACACUUCCCGGUCAAAUGGCUGAUUGUUAAAGAUGUUCCCAACAGUCUCUUUCGUCACAUCAUAAUUAAAGACAAUGACAAUAAGCCUGUCACUAACAGUAGAGACACCCAAGAGGUGGGACUGGAACAAGGAAUUGAGAUGUUAAAUAUAUUCAAUAGCUGUGAGAUGAAAUCUUCGAUGCUCGAUGACUUUAGCUUCUACGAAGAGAGACAGAGAGCUACACAAGACAGAAAAGCCAGAGAACGUGCUGUUCUUGAAAAUCUUAGAGUCUCCUCUCUAACCUCUGUUCCAACAUAUCACACAAGUUCUCUCCAUGAAGACUAUGUAAGGGAAAUGUCCAAGAGCUUUGCAGAGGCUUUGGCCUUGCAACACAAACUCAAUUAAGUUAAAAAGUCCUCUCUUCUCUUUUGGGAUUUACAUUGGAAGAGGAUUGAAAUUGUGGUUUUAAAAGCUUGAUUAUGUACUACUGACCACAUACUUAAAAGGAGCUUAGGUUGUAAGAUAAACUCAAGGUUCCAAAAUUCAAGGAUGAGUUAUAUGCUGAAAGUUAGGUUUGCC